UCUUGGAAAUUCUAUUUCAACUUGUAGUUCGAUUUUUUUAAGGCAUUUCAUCCCGGGAAACCAAGAUAUGAGGACGUGCUGGGAUUUGUAGUUUCCUUAAGCAGCAAUAACCUCUUGAUAUAUCAAAAGGCGAAGCCACAGCUUGGAAAACAUCACUCCCGUGAUGCUUUUCGGAGGCAGCCUGCUCUCCCUGGCUACGGCGGUAUCCGAGAGCCGGGGACCCAACCGAGUCGUUCCGCCGGGGAAAGGGCGGAUUCGCUAUUGAACAUGGACCGCCGCCUCGCAUGAUCGGAGACUUGGCCGGUUCGCUCGUUCUCGUUUCUCGUGGUCUGGGCUGCUUUUUCGAGGGUACCUGGGUCCGCUUGUUUCUUUUGGGGCGUCAUUUCUUAAUAGAUGAGCAAGAUGAAGGUUGAUGAAGAAGAAUAUUGGAACAGUUCCAAAUGUAAGGCCUUUACUUUUGAUGAUGAAGAUGAUGAACUGCUUCAGUUGAAGGAAUCCAAGAGAACAGUCAAUAGCCUUCCAGAUAUUAAUGAUGAUGAUGAUGACGACCUUGAGAGGUUCAACUGGAGUGGGGAACGUGUGGGCAGCAUUUCAUGGUCAAUCAAAGAGACUGCCUCCAGCAGCAGUAGCAGCAAUACCUCUGAAGGAAGGGAUCUGAGUCAGCAAAAGGGCUCUGCCUAUGCAGCUAUACCCAAGCAGUCCUCUUCAUACUCACUGAGUGGCUUUUUUAAAGGAAGAAAUAAGCAUGGGAGUUUUCAGUCACUUUCAGAUGUUCUUACAGACACAGGAUUUAAAAAUUAUGCUCCAGAAUUACGCAGACCAAAAGGAGAUUAUAAGGAUUACAAUUCUGAUUGGAGCCCUAAUGAUACAGUAAGACGGCUGCAGAGAGGCAAGGUCUGUUCCUUGGAAAGGUUCCAUUCCUUGCAGGACAAAUUACUGCUGCUGGAUGAAGCUGUUGCAUUGCAUGAUGGGAAUGUUAUUACAGCUAUACUCAUUUUUCUGAAAAGAACCUUAAGGAAAGAGAUCCUGUUCAGAGAGCUGGAGAUGCGGCAAGUUGCUUUGCGCCAUUUAAUACAUUUUCUCAAGGAGACUGGAGACCAAAAACUUCUCCUAGACUUGUUGAGAUUCCUGGGCAGGACUGAGGAAGUUGCACUGACCCAAUACCGUGAACACUUGACUAUCUUGGAUGCUGAGAAAAGAAAGGAGUUUCUGAAAAGUUGCAUUGGGUUGCCCUUUUCAUCAGAGGAUUCUGCUCAUGUUCAGGAUCAUUAUACACUCUUGGAGAGACAGAUCAUCAUUGAAGCAAAUGACAAACAUUUAGAGUCAUCUGGGCAGACGGAAAUCUUUCGAAAAUACCCUAGAAAAGCUUCCAUUCUAAACAUGCCAUUAGUCACCACACUUUUCUACUCCUGCUUCUACCAUUACACAGAAACUGAGGGAACAUUCAGUAGUCCAGCAAACUUGAAGAAAACUUUCAAGAUCCCAGACAAACAGUACGUGCUAACAGCUCUGGCUGCUCGUGCCAAACUCCGAGCUUGGCAUGACGUGGAUGCUUUGUUCACAACAAAGAAUUGGUUAGGCUAUACCAAAAAAAAAGCUCCUAUUAGUUUCCAUCGAGUGGUGGAGAUACUGCAGCGGAACAAUGCCCCAGUGCAGGUCCUGCAGGAGUACGUGCGUUUAAUAGAAGAUGUUGAGACUAAGUUGAAUCUUGCUAUGAAAUACAAGUGCCACGAUGUUGUUAUAGAUACAUACAAAGACUUGAAGGACCGCCAGCAACUGAUGGCAUACAGAUGCAAAGUUGAACGGGGUUCUCCAGCAGAGGAGAAGAUCGAUACUAUCCUCAGUAACCCACAGAUCCGGUGGAAGAACUGAGAGACACUCCAUUCUUUUGGAAGCACUUCAUUUUGACCCAAUGAGGUCAAAGAGAAAGAUUGCCAAGCCAGUUCUGCGCUGAUUUCAAUCCACUGUCAGCUUGCCUAUUGCCUCAAGAUGCUGCCUCUGUGAAGCCUUCGCUGAAAGAGACCUCUGAGGCACUGAGUUGGCCAAAAGAGUCAUUUAGCCAAUGAAGCACAGAUCUGACAAGUUGAACUCUACAGUAUAAACAUAUGAGGAAUUAUAUAGAAAAGGGAAGCAUAUUUGAGUCCAGAACUUAAUGCUUCCACUUCCUGUUCACUGUCUAGUCAUCUGAAAUGAUCAGGACAGCUUUCCAUAGGAAAAAAAAAAAUCUGUAUAAUAAAUAUGCUUUCCCCUCAUUUGAAUCUAAGGGACAAGACUGUUGUUCUUAGUGAUAUGAAAACUCUGUCCUGCACAUUAUUCUAGCCUCCAUUACCAAUUAACUAGGAUAAUUAUUUGGGAAGUGCUGCAUAAGGUUCUUAAGAAUAAACCUACCUACAUUUCCCACAUUAAAAGUUGGAGUAUGUAACUGCAUGGUCCUUCAGCCAGUGAGAAUGUGAGUUCAGUUCUACAUGGAAACUACCAAUCUUGUUAUAGGGUGUACUGUACUAAUCAAAUUAUAUUUUCUCUCAGAUUCCACUGAAAAUAAUUGGCCCUUGCUACUUAUGCUUCAAGGUUUGUUAGCAAAUCUACAUCCUCUUUCUAGGCCUUAUGUUGUCUUUCACUUUCCAUGUUGUAAAUAAAGCUUUACCUCCUUUA